AUAGGAUCUCGAACGACACUUGAUAACACUAGCCUGGUGUUCCAGUAUGUUCAACAAACCCCGUUCUCAACGCAGCUCGGUCUCGACACCAGAAGAGAACACUCCCACCCCCAACCGUCGCGCGCGCAGGAAAGAGAAGCAAAGACAGAAUGGCGAAGCUGGACCGUCAAACCCACAGUCCUCGAAUACCUCUGAGCCUCCUAGCAAAGCCGCUGAAGCGUCCAGCGCGAUCCAGAGUUCGUUUGGCAAUGAUGACUUUAUCGCGUUCUCGUUCUCGGACUCCGAAGAAGCGGACAAGCGGUCCGCUCGCGAAAGCUCGCCGCCACUCAGGGAGUGGGAUAGGGGAAAAAGGAAGGAGAAGGAGCGCGAGGAGCACGCGGGACGAAAGAGGAAAGUGGAGGAGAUCGACUUCAACGACGGGUACACGAACAAGAAGCAGCGCAUCGCUGCGGCGUCGCGUAGGGCACCUUGGGCGCAGGAUGUGGACUGGGAUAGAUGCGUGAAUGUUGCAGAGAUGUUACACAACGAGGUGGAGGCGUUUGUCGACUACAUGUCUCCAACGCCAAUAGAGGACGAAGUUCGCUCGCUCUCAGUCCAGCUUAUCGCAAGAGCGAUAUCGAAAUCAUACCCAGAUGCCAAGGUACUACCGUUUGGAAGCUAUGAAACGAAACUAUACCUUCCAUCAGGAGAUAUCGAUCUUGUCAUUUACUCGCAUUCCAUGAUGCGAAUGGACAAGGUUUCGGUGCUCCAUUCCCUUGCGAACAUCAUGAAGCGAGCUGGGAUUACGGACCGGGUCACAAUCAUUGCGAAAGCGAAGGUUCCUAUCAUCAAAUUCGUCACGGCCCACGGUCGAUUCUCCGUCGACAUUUCCGUCAACCAAGGCAACGGCGUCGAUACUGGCAAGAUGGUGAAGCAGUUCCUACGGGAGCUACCGGCCCUCCGGAGCCUCGUUCUCAUCAUCAAAAACUUUCUCAGCCAGAGGAGCAUGAACGAGGUCUUUACUGGAGGCCUCGGUAGCUAUAGCAUCGUCUGCUUGGCUAUCAGCUUCUUGCAGAUGCAUCCGAAGAUCCGGAGAGGCGAGAUCGAUCCUUCAAAGAACCUUGGCGUGCUCGUCAUGGAAUUCUUCGAGCUCUACGGUUCCUACUUCAAUUACCAAGAAGUAGGGAUCUCGCUUCGCGACGGAGGCUCGUAUUUCAAUAAGCGGCAGAGGGGCUGGUUCGACUACCGCGAGCCUCGACUGCUUUCGAUCGAGGACCCAGGCGAUCCCACUAAUGAUAUCUCGCGGGGCUCAUACAACUUCGCGCGGGUCCGGACUACUUUAGCUGGGGCGCAUGGGAUCAUGACCGCAGCGGCAUAUGCGCAGGCCAGCAUCAUUAGUGCACGGAGAGAGGGGCGGACAGUUCGACUACGUCCCACGUCCGAUGCCGAGGAAAUGAGCAUCCUGGCGAGUGUAAUGGGAGUUACACAAGAGACUAUCAAUCAUCGACGGGUGGUCCAGGAGGUGUACGAGCGCCAAGUCCUCCAUCGGAUACUCGGAAUCAUUCCCCAGCCCUCGCUGUCAUUCAGAGGCCCAACUGACGGCGCGUCGCGCACGGCGGAGGCAGAGAGCGUUCAGGAUGCAUGGGGUCAUACCGACAUGGACCCUGGUACUCCGGACGGCUCAGUGUCGGGCGCUGAGGAGGAGGUCGAAAGCCGGUACGACAUUGAGAGCCGGAGGCAACCUCCGAAGAAGCGGAGGCGUACAGGCACCCGGGCAGAUGAGGGCAUCACGUUGCACACGGUGUACACGACGGACGAUGAGGAGGAUGGGUUUUCAGCAAGCCAUCGGCCGAGCGGCGAUGACGGGAUCGAGGAGGAAGAGGAGGAGUAUGAUUUAUCUGCGUUGGACGCGGAAAGUCAGGAGCGUGGCGGAGGAAGCAAGGCAGAAAAACGAUCGUAUUGGUUAUCAAAGGCUAUGGCUGGGGCCGCCAGCGACGGAUGCGAUGAUUGAUCAAUUGCAAUAUAUGUAAAUUG